AUGGUGUCUCACAUACUGAUGGAGCCUUCACUACAUUUGGAUUCUCAGAUUGGAAGCAUGCCACUGGAGCUUUUGGAGCUCUUGCAAAACAUGAUAAGUCUCGAAGCUGGAGCAUCUAUCGCCAAUCAGUUAAGCAGUAGUAGACAAGAGCAAGUCAAGAAGAAUCGGUAUUACAUACAAUCAAUCUCUGAGGUAUUACUUCUCUGUGCUCGAAAUGAUAUUGCUUUACGGGGGCAUAAUGAAUCAGUUUCAAUAAAACCAGGAAAUUUCAGAAGUAUUUUGCAAUUGCUUGCUCGACAUGACCCAUCACUACUACAAAGUCUUCAGAAACACCCAUGUAAUGCAACUUACUUGUCCCCAGAAAUACAGAAUGAAUUACUUCAGGUCAUGGGUAAUAUUAUCAGGCAUCAAAUCCAGCAAGAAGUAAACAGGGUGGGAUUUUUUACUUUGCUCUGUGAUGAAACAAGAGACAUAUCAAAGAAAGAGCAAAUGACAAUCGUGCUUCGUUAUGUAUCUGAAGCUACAGUUUAUGAGCGUUUCCUCUGCUUUGUCUAUGCAAAGGAAUUAAAUGCAGAGUCUUUAACAAAAUAUAUUUGUGACACCCUUAAAAUCAUGAGUAUUCCCAUUACAAAUUGUAUUUCCCAAGGAUACGAUGGAGCAAGCGUUAUGAGCGGUAGUUGCACUGGGGUUCAAACUAGAAUAAAAGAAUUGGCCCCAAAAGCAAUAUACAUAUAUUGCUCUGCACACCGUUUAAAUCUCAUACUAGUGGACUCAGUAAAAGGAAUUGGCUUUGCUUUAGAGUUUUUUGCUUUGGUUGAAUUAAUUUAUGUUUUUUUAUCUGCAUCCAAGACUCAUAGCAUUUUCUUGGAUGUACAAAAGGAAGUCUCACCUCAUAAGCAGCCAAUGGAACUGAAGUGA